UUAAAAUAAAGGAGUCGGUCGUUGAACUGUGUGCUGAUAAAUUGAAAAUAUAAAGUGAAGAAGCUGCAAGCAUGAUUGUACAGGAGCCAGUUCAGUUCAAUCUUUCAAGAGCUUUGAUGACUUUAUCGAAGCGAUAUUGCAAAAUAUUAGUUUGCGCUGAUAUAUACAUCAUCAACCCAGGAAACAAUGUGUCAAAACUGGCAUGUGUGUAUGUGCUAAUUACAGAAUUAAAAACCUGCUGUGCUGCGGUAAUUACUGCAAAAAAAUUAAUAAAAAAAAAAUUAGACUUACCUGCUGAUGUGUAUAUACUUCUUGCGAAUGUCUUCUUCGAACUGAUCACGAGGCUUGAA